CGUGUGUCCCUUCCACUGCGUGCUUCACGCUGCUACUGACAGACACCGGUGUUGUGUCCUGUAAAAGCAUGAAUUAGAGCAGAGUAUUCAAAAAAGGGUGCCUUUGUUGAUGAUGAUCAUCAGAUUCCCGUAACAAUCCCUCCACCAAAGAUCUGCACCAACAACAGCCUCAAACAAUGAAGAUGUUCCAGAGUCAUUUAAAACCUUCAAGAAGAACUUCCCUCUUUGCCUUCAUCGCAGUUUUGCUGUUCGUUGCCAUUUCCUCCGAUGAAGAUUACUACAAGUUGUUGGGUAUUUCGAGAGAGGCUGGCACACGUGAGAUUCGGCAGGCCUUCAAAAAGCUCGCACUAACAAUGCAUCCAGACAAAAAUCCUAACGAUGAAACAGCCCACGACAAUUUCUUGAAGAUCAAUCGGGCCUAUGAGGUGUUGAAGGAUGAGGACCUUAGGAAGAAAUAUGACAAGUAUGGAGAGAAGGGCCUGCAAGAUGAACAACAGGGAGGAAGAUAUGAAAGCUGGAACUACUACAGAUAUGAUUUUGGAAUAUAUGACGAUGAUCAAGAAAUUACUACACUUGACAGAGGGGACUUUGAUGCAGCAGUAAAUUCUGGGGAAGUCUGGUUUGUGAAUUUCUAUUUCCCGCGCUGCUCGCACUGUCAUGACCUUGCUCCAACUUGGCGGGAGUUUGCUAAGGAGAUGGACGGUGUGAUUCGGAUUGGCGCCGUGAACUGUGGCGAUAAUGGCAGAUUGUGCCGUAGCAAAGGAAUUAGCAGCUACCCCAGCCUCUAUGUGUUCAGAACUGGAAUGAAUCCAGAGAAAUUCAACGGCGACCGAUCAAAAGCAAGCCUAACCACAUUUGCAAUGCAUUAUGUGCAGAGCAAAGUGACGGAACUGUGGCAAGGGAAUAUCUUCACCGAGAUCGACAGAGCAUUUGCUGAAAGAGUUGGCUGGCUGAUAACAUUCUGUGCAGACACUGGGGAUUGUCUGGAGGCUCAGACAAGACGGAAGCUCGCUGGGAUGUUGGAUGGUCUGGUAAAUGUAGGAUGGAUGGAUUGCUCCAAACAGGCUGAUCUGUGUGACAGCUUUGAGAUCACCACUAGCACGACAGCCCUCUUCCCCCCUGGCAGUUCCCUUGCUCAGAAAGGCAGUGUAUUGUUUAUCCAGAGUUUGGAUACUAAAGAAAUAUAUGCACAAGUAUUGAAGGAUCUGCCUGACCUUGAGAUCCUUACAAAGGACAGCUUUGAGCAUAAAUUGGCUCAUCACCGGUGGCUCAUUUGCUUCUCCUUUGGACAAAAUGAUUUGGCAUCACAGGAGUAUAAAAAACUCAAAGCUCUUCUGAAAGACUCUCAUAUACAGGUGGGAAAGGUGGACUGUAUCUCAGAUUCUGAGCUGUGUGCUUCUUUGUAUAUUCAGAGGCCCUGUGUGGCUGUUUUUAAAGGGGUUGGAAUUCAUGAUUUUGAGAUUCACCAUGGUAAGGGUGCCCUGUAUAACAUUGUGGCCUUUGCGAAAGAGAGUGUAAAUGCCCAUGUCACCACACUGAGGCCUGAGAACUUUCCCAGUCAUGUGAAAGAGCCCUGGUUGGUUGAUUUCUUUGCACCUUGGUGUCCACCAUGUCGAGCUGCUCUCCCUGAACUGCGGAAAGCCUCCAUUCAGCUCUUUGGACAGUUGAAAUUUGGUACUUUGGACUGUACUGUGCAUGGGGGGCUCUGCAGUACGUACAACAUUAAUGCGUAUCCAACAACUGUGAUCUUCAACAAGUCCAGUAUCCAUGAGUAUGAGGGCCAUCACUCUGCGGAAGGCAUCCUGGAGUUUAUAGAGGAUCUGGUAAAUCCUGUGGUGGUGACUUUGAGCCCAGAAUCUUUCCAGGAUUUGGUGAAGAGACGCAAGUCCACAGAAACAUGGAUGGUUGAUUUCUACGCCCCGUGGUGUGGACCCUGCCAGGCCCUGCUGCCAGAGUGGAGGAGAAUGGCACGGAUGCUGAGUGGUGUUGUAAAUGUGGGCACAGUCGACUGUCAGAUACACCACUCGUUCUGUCAGAGUGAGAAAGUGCAAGCUUACCCAGAGAUACGCCUCUUCCCUCAGAAAAGCAACCGCCGAGACCAAUACCAAAGUUACAAUGGAUGGCAUCGAGAUGCCUUUUCACUCAAGACUUGGGCAUUGAGCUCGCUGCCACAUGCCUCAGUAGAUCUGUCACCUGAAGACUUUAAGAGAAAGGUUUUGGGUGGAAAGGAUCACUGGGUGUUGGAUUUCUACGCUCCAUGGUGUGGCCCAUGUCAGCACUUUGCUCCAGAGUUUGAAGUUCUUGCCAGGAUGAUGAAGGGUACUGUGAGAGCUGGCAAAGUCGACUGUCAGGCACACUACCAGACCUGUCAGAGUGCUGGCAUCAAGGCUUACCCAAGUGUCAGGUUUUAUCCGCACUUGGGCACUCCACGGCGAGAUCAGGGUGGAGAACCCAUUAACAGCAGAGACUCCAAUGUCAUUGCAGACAUUCUGCGACAGCGACUCCAGCAGCUAGCCACACAGGGAAAAUCCUCCAAACUCAAAGAUGAACUAUAGGAUAUCAACCACCUUGAGAUCCACAGAAACUCUUGCCUGUGGAGCAGUGAGAAAGGGGAAAAUGCACAUGCAAAAGGAAGGACUCCUUUGUUGAGAGAAAUAUUUGUUUGAGUUUGUUUACUGCCCAACAGACUGUAGAGAGGAGUGACUUCAACUCCGCUAUUUCAAAGAUGGUUCGAAGAGGAAAUCACAGCAGGACUCAACAAGAACCUCCAGAUGCGUUACUGAUGCAAGACGAGGUUACCACAGUGCAAUUCUUUAUGACUGUCCAUUAUAUAUGAAUGUACUGUUAAAAAUGACUGUAUCUUCUUUUCCUGUAUUUAUGACAGUAACAGUAGAUGUAUUUUUCUGUACCUUUUGAAGAGUGUAUUAUUGGAUUUCUGUGAAUAAUUACACUACUCUUACAUGCUCUGUUAUAAACGAGGGAAAAUAGAGUUUUGUUGAAUUUUACUUGGCAAAAUGCAAUUCAGAAUUACAUUUCUGUUCAACUUGAGAAGGUUUUUAUUUUGUGUGUUUCUACAAUACAUUCUAGUUCUCAUUCUGUCAAAUUUGCCAAAUCAUGGAGUCCUAGCAUAGCAUAAAUCUACACUGGUUAUAGUGGAUUCUUGAAGGCUUUCUGUAGUUUGAUUACUUUUUUUCUGCACAAUUUUGUAUUUUAUUUGCUUUAGCAUUGGGGUUCCCAGCAUUUAUUUUUGUUUGGAGAGAUCCGUUGUAGAAUAAACCUCUUUACUUUAAAUUUCCCCCCAAAAUUGUUUACUGUUAUUUUGGUAUUGAGAGGGCGUUUGAAUAUCCCUAGUCCCGGUUUCUACCUGGUAUGAAGAUGCAUUUUUAUUGAUCCAAUCACAAGUGAUCAGGGCUAAAUACAGGUAGAAAUGGGGUCCAAAGCAUUUUGUGAUCGGAACACUGAUACCACUUACAAAGGUAGUCAAAAACACGUGACCACAUCACAUUUGAGGCUUAAAAUGCAAUAUGUCCUCUUUGCGUACCAGACAGCAGCGACGCACCACCCCUCACCUGUCAAUCAACCACUGCGCUAAAAGGCUAAAACAAGAGUUUAAACUUUGCUGGUUAUGUGCACUUUAAACUUUGCUGGUUGGAAAAUUUGUAAGAGCGGAUACACAAGCACAAAUACUUCACAGCACUUCUUUAGUGUGUCUCAGAUCAACAUACAAAGACACAGAUGGCAAGCACAUACAUGUGAAGCUCAGGUUAAAAUAGGUACUCCACUAAAAUAACUGAAAAUGGUGACCAAACUUUGAUGCUCCAAAAACCACAAAGAAAUUCAUAUGGCUAGUGGUUUAAUCAAUGUCUUCUGAAGCGAUCCAGUUGGUUUUGGGUGAGAACAGACCAAAAUAUAACUCCUUUUUCACUGUACAUCUUGACAGGUGAACGGGUUUUUAAAUCGUAAUCAAGCUUGAAAUCAUGAUUAUGUCUAGAGACUGCAAUGGCAAGAUGUACAGUGAAAAGGAGUUAUAUUUUGGUCUGUUCACACCUAAAACUGAUUGGAUCGCUACAGAAGACAUUAAUUGAACCGCUGGGGUUGUAUGGAUUACUUUUAUGUUGACUUUUUCUCCUUGUUGGAGCUUCAAAGGCCUGAUCACCAUUCACUUGCAUUGUAUGGACCAGCAGAGCAGAGAUAUUCUUCUAAAAAUGUUAUUUGUGUUCCACAGAAGAAAGACAUUCACAUCUGGGAUGAUAUUAGUGUGAGUAUAUGAUGAGAGUUUUCAUUUUUGGGUGAUAAUGUUACUUUUAAGUCAUAUCAGAUCGAUUAUCCUGGUAGUGCCAGUCAUCAUGCCUACUUUGUCAGAUCGCUGUGCAAUCUCUACAAUUAUAAUACAAAUCAAAAUUUCAUGUUCAUUUAUUUUGUUUAUUUGGCAUGUGGUAUUGUAAUAAACUGGAUAAUGAGGUGUCACAUCGUAAUAUUCGCAGAAUAGACACCAACAGAACUCUCCUUAUUUCUUCUUAAUCUCACAUAAUAAAAAGUUC